ACAGCUUCAUCGCACCCUUUUUUAAAGGAGCUAAGAGGGCCCAAAUUGUUAUUGGUUGAGUGGCACGAAUGUCCAACGAUGACACUUCUGGAAUAGGCCAAGACCCCAUCCAUUAAAUAGCAAAUACCACGUCAUCGGAUGCGGAGGUAAGUUAGCCUUUGCCACAAGCCUCGUGUCUCCAGCUCCCGUCCUUCUCGUUUAUCUCUCCAAGUUUUUUUCUCGCUCUUCUCUCCCGCCCAACUAUUACACUCCCAAGCCCUUGGCGCGUUGUUGGUUGUCCCGUUGGUUAGUGGAUAGUACUAGUAGCAACUCUUUUCGACUUUGCUUACUUUGGCAACUUCCUUGACACAGCCUCUCUGUGACACCAGGAUACUAGUAUAGGAUACUAGUAUACCCAAAGCUACCGUUCCCUCCAUCCAUCCAUCCAUCCCCAAGGUUUAGUGUGGACCAUUGCAAAUGACAGGAACAUUAGACAUGGAGGAUAGUUUGUCAGUUUCGCAAGAAGGCUCCAGCAGUUUUGCUGAUGAACACUCUAUGGACGCAGAUACCAUUGACUAUGACGGUCUAGGCAAUGACUCGAGCCAUGGGACCAACAACCACAAUGCUACCAGUUCCAGAAGAACCCACUUCGAUGUGGAAGACAACGACAAGAAGGUCAAGAAGGACAAGAAGGGCGACAAGCCCAUGCUAGCCAAUGGCAAGAAGAUCUCCAGCACGUUCCGUUGGAAGCUCUUUGUUAUCUUUCUCAUGUUUGUCAAUACUUCCAUUGUGGUGAUUGCUACCAGUGUUUACCUUGACAACGAUGCAGGCAGAGAGUUUGAAAGAGCGUUUAACAAUGCUGCCAUGACAGUGGCUGAUGGAGUGCAUCAUGAAAUGCAGGGAGUCACAGACAGUCUACAAGUGCUUGGAGAGACAAUUACAUCAUACUGCCAAGACACCAACACCCAAUGGCCUUAUGUGACUCUGCCAAACUUUGAGCAACGAGUCACAUCCAUUCGAAAGAGCUCCGUCUUGAACAUUAUGGGCUUUCUGCCCCUCAUUGAUACAGAGGAACGGACCUCCUGGGAGGGCUAUUCCGCAGAGAAUCAGAUCUGGAUACAGGACAGCUACAAUGCACUCUUGGCUGCCAGACUGGCUGAGCUUGCAGCCCAAGAGGCAUCCUUCUCGGAAGAACCAACCACAACAGAUAUCAACGACAAUACCCUGGACGACAACACCAGCAACAACGUCACGAAUCGGUCCGCGGGAACAGAGUAUUCCAUUUCACCCGAGAUUGUCGUCUCCACAACUGGACAGUACAAUCUAGACCCUACCGAAGGUCCGUUUGCUCCACUCUGGCAGUUAUCUCCUCCACCACCUCCUUCCAAGGCUGCAGUCAUCAACACGGAUCUCAUGUCCAGUGACAGUUUCUAUCUCCUCUUUCAAGCCUUCCUGAGAGGUCAAGCGCCGUCCGAAUUCGCCAUUUCCCAUGUCGUUCCCAUGUCCCUCUAUAGUGCCAGCAGUACAAACGACGCUGUCGAUGCUGCCGAACACGAUGUCACCAAUCCACAGUCGUCGAAUGAAACCACUGAUUUUGCAGCGUCACCACAGAGCUUUCUAUUCCAUCCCAUUCAUACUUCCUACAUUCAGCAUCACGAGGAUCCGAUACAAGCAUUUGCUAUGGGCAUUCUGCCUUGGGAAGACUUCUUCUCUGAUCUACUCCCAGACGACAUUAGUGGGAUUGUGUGCGUCUUGCGCAAUCCCUGUGAUGCCCAAGCACAUUCCUUCCUCCUCCAAGGACGAAACGCAACCUUUUUGGGACGGGGAGACCUUCACGACACGCAAUACGAGGCUUCCAAGCACCAACCCAUCUUGACAGAAACAGUCUCGUAUGGGGUUGUCUACACAGAGGAGGACCAGCGACACUCGAGUCGACAAGUCUCGCCCUGUCACUACACCAUCGACAUUUACCCGUCGGCGGAGUUUAGUUCCGAGAUUCAUUCCAAACACGCCGUCAUGUUUACGUUGUCCAUUGCCGGUGUCUUUAUCGGGACUGGUUUGAUCUUUCUGGCAUAUGUAUACUUGAUCGGGAAUCGUCAAAACAAGGUCAUGGCCAUUGCCAUGAGUACCAGUGCCAUCGUCUCGAGUUUGUUCCCCAGCACGGUACGGGAUCGUAUCCUCCAAGAAGCCCAGGCCGAAGUCAAAGUACGCAUGUCCGACAAGAGCAAGGGACGAGCUGCCGCGCUUCGUAGCAGUCGACGGAAUUCUCUCAAGCAGAUUCAAGAAAAGCGAAAAGAAAAGCGAUCCAAACCCAAUGCAGACCUGUUUCCAGAAACAACUGUCCUGUUUGCUGAUAUAGUCGGUUUCACAGCAUGGUCCAGCGUCCGCGAGCCCACGCAGGUUUUUGAACUGCUCGAGACAAUCUACCAUAGCUUUGAUGAGAUUGCUCGACGAAGGAAGGUCUUUAAAGUCGAGACUAUCGGCGAUUGUUACGUAGCCGCUACAGGCUUGCCCGAGCCAUGCAAGGAGCAUGCCGUAAACAUGUGCAGAUUUGCGAGGGACUGUUUGUAUGUCAUGGAAAUCCUGACGAAGAAGCUCGAGGUCAAGCUAGGGCCAGAUACUGGGGAGCUGUCAAUGCGAUUUGGGCUUCAUAGUGGUGCUGUAACGGCUGGAGUGCUGAGAGGAGAGAGGUCGAGGUUCCAGCUGUUUGGCGACACUGUCAAUACCGCCGCCCGAAUGGAAUCAAACGGGAAGCGGGAAAAGAUUCACAUAUCCGAGCAAACUGCAGAGCAGCUCAUAAAAUCAGGCAAAGAAGACUGGUUCGAAGCUCGUGAAGACAAGAUCAUUGCAAAGGGUAAAGGAGAGCUUCAAACGUACUGGCUGCAUAACAAGAAGGUCGCCGCGCCCAUGUCAGAAAUCAGCGACGGGGAAGACAGCAGCGUCGAUAUAGAUUAUGACUGGCUGGAUCUUCCCACAGAGCUGUUUGAUUCGAACCGAAGUAAGAUGUGCCUGGGGACUAACGAAAUCCGACAAUGCCUGUCCGAACAGAAUCAACGCCUUGCAGACUGGAACUGCAAUCAGCUCGCGAUGCUCUUGAGCAAUUUGGUGGCCCAUAGAAAGAUUGUUUUGGAGCAUAAUUUUGCCAACGGUACUUCGAACCAAGAAUAUGAAGAGUCGUACAUGCGCAAUGCCCACGUUGGCGUUGGUGACUCUGGAAGCAUUCUGAAGGAAGCAGGGAACACAGUCGACAUGCCUCUUUACGAUGCGAAGGCCUUCGUGGAGAUUGAUGACAUGCCCGUGAACCUUAAUGAACGCGUUCAGCAGCAACUGCAAGACUACGUGUCGAUCAUCUGCUCCAUGUACAUCGACCACCCAUUCCAUUCGUAUCAGCAUGCCUCUCACUGCACCAUGAACAUAAUCAAGCUUCUGUCGAAUCUUGCAGCAUCCCCAAAUCACACAAGCUUCGCACACGACGAGAGCAGCGGAAGGCCAUGUGCCACCCGAGACGAGGAACAAGGCAGAUUUUUGUAUGAGAAAACUUUCGGUAUUUCGGCUGAUCCGAUGACGCACUUUGCACUUGCAUUCGCGAUUUUGAUUCAUGAUGCUGACCACCCUGGAGUUCCUAACAGUACCUUAGUAAGGGAAAAUGGUCGCUUGUCAAGGAUUUUCGAGAAGAGAAGCAUCGCAGAACAGAACAGUUUCCAGUGCGCUUGGGAUUUACUAAUGGACCCUGGAUUCGAAGAGUUGCGUGAAGCAAUCUACGCCAGCAAUGAAGAGUACCACCGUUUCAGGCAAAUCGUCGUUAACGCCGUUGUCGCGACUGACCUGUUUGACGAGGAGCUGAAUGUAGCACGCCAGCAACGCUGGGACGAAGCAUUCCCCAAGUUAAAUCAAAAGAUUCCGCUUCCAGAAUCAAGCCUAGGAGACAUUAGAGACAUGGCGGAUCGCAAAGCAACUGUUGUACUGGAACUAAUGGUUCAGGCCAGUGAUGUGGCGCACACAAUGCAGCAUUGGCAUGUUUACCAAAAGUGGAAUCAGCGACUCUUUCAUGAACAGCUGAAGGCGCACAAAGCAGGAAGAUUGGAAGAGGAUCCGUGCGAUUACUGGUAUCAGGGUGAGCUCGACUUCUUCGAUACUACCGUGAUCCCCUUGGCAAAGAAAUUGAGGUCUUCUGGGGCUUUCGAGGUCUGCUUUGACGAAUACUUGGCAUGCGCUAGGCAGAAUAGAACUGAGUGGCAGCGGAGGGGGCAGGAAAUCGUGAGCGAGAUGGAAAAGACUUUUGAAGCAAUCGCCAUGGGAGCACUAUCGAGUCGUAUGGAUCUACUAGAUGAUGAAACCACACUGCAUGAUGAUGACACCACAGAUGACCCCUACAAACGGGUGUAAUAAAUAUUCAUUGAAAACUUAAAAAUACUUUUCUGAUGACAACAGCGAAGAAAGAUAGCUAGCUAGUAAUGACCGGCAUUCCCAGAGAAAAGAUGUGUUGCGGCGAAAACAGACAUGACACCAGCCGGCGUACUGUGCACAGUCUAUUAGCUACGGUGGGACAAGGUUUGAAACUACAUGGCCAUCAGGAGACUCAUCAACAGCGGUUUUCCCAAAAAGGCCUGUUGUUGUUCAGGGCUGACGGGACCCUUCAUUUCUAGCUUGGAUUCUCGUUCAGUAGCCCUGGCAAUGGCCGUGAUUAAUCCUCUGUGCUUGGCCAUUGUUUGUCGGUUUGAAUGCUCUGUAGCCAACCUGGCAAUUGCUCGAAUGGCUGAAUCUUGCAUUUCCGUUAGCAAGUUGUGCUCUUCUGUCAGUGUGGAACUGCCACUAUGUUGAUGUCUGUCUGACGACGGGACAACGCUACAAGAAGCACCAUGAAUGAGUGCCUCUAGAAUCUCCUCAUUGCACAUAAUCUUGCGAUUGAUAUUUUCGUUGGCCAAGUGCAUAAUGGCCCGGGUGGCAUUGUCCCGUUCCUUCAAGGAUGGUUUGAAGCACAUCCCUGCCAACUUGGACAAAACUCCGGGAUGUCUCGCCAUACCCUCUCGGCAUUGAGGGUCUCUAGCACGCAACCGAAAGACGGCCGAUAUAUUGUUAUCGACUCGAGUAUCCGCUGCAAUGACCAACGCAUCCAGCACGGCAGAGUGGGUGGGAGACUGACCGUUCUUGACUCCUGAUGCAAUCUUGGUGAGAGCCAGACAGGCCCUUGACUGAAUCUCUUCGUCUGUUUCUUCGUGAAUGGCCACAUGAGCCAGUGUGUAGAGCAGCGCUGGUUGCUUGGCCAUUUGGUCCGCCGUCGCUUCGCAGGCGAGAUUGGUAAGAGCACCUCCUGCACGACGCCGCGCUUUUUGAUUGGGGUCUCGGUCCAGGACUUUCAACAGUGCUUCUAAUACCAAUCCGUCUUGAAAGUUGACCAACCGUAGUCGAUUCGCCUUGGGAAAGGCUAGAUUUUGGAGGGUGGUGGUGGCACUUUCGCGAAUCGAUGUAACCUUUUCCGAUACCACCAUGACUGUCAGUACCUUGAGCACAUAACCAUGGUUAGCUAGUGGCACUUGAUUGGCCGGCGCCGAGGCUAGAUCCAUCAAUGCAAUGGUAGAAAAUUCUCUGGUGGCAUCGACUGGGUCCAAGUGAGCAAUUUUGAGCAAGCUCGUGAGCAAUCCCUUGUGCGCAUACAUCAGGACUUUGUUGUCUUCCGCAUUGGCUAGAUUGGCAAUGAUCCGUACACGAACAUUGCGACUGGGAACAUUGAGGGGUGAUGUUGCCACCCGCCGUAAUGCAUCCAACAAGCCCGGUUGUCGGGCCAGUGAUACUCGGAGUUCCGGUAUCCGACUCCAGUAAUGAAAUGUCUUGGUAAUGUUGAGUAUGAUCUCAUCCGGAAAUCUGACUUUUGACUGUUCACAGCGAUCAAGCAGUCGAAGUAGAGGAGGCAUCAUGGCAGGAGCAUUGACAUGAAAGGCCUCCUUAACAUAUUUGGCCCCUCCUCGAAAUGCCAUUUCCAUGGCUGAACAAAUCAUGCGUAUCGCAUCAUGAUGGUCGGUCAUGGACAACUUUUGUGCCAGAACUCCAAUUGCACCAUAGUAUAAUUCUGCAUUGUGUUUAAUAGUGUCACUGUGGUCAAAUUCUGUAAUGAUAACAGUUAAGGCCGUCAAAGUAGAUUCUUCAUCUUCCGCCCCAUUCAAGUCUGUCAACAACAAACAAGUUGAGACACCACAGAACGUCUCGAAGGAUCCACACAACUUAAUUCAGGGAACAAUUUCUUACCAUCAAUCACUUUCUUGGUCUUUUUUCCAUCUCUCAAGUAGGGAUUCCUAGAUCCUGUUCCGAUAGAAGAUGUAUUGGAUCCUCCACCGGCACUACGAGCUUGUGACUCGACUCCCGACAUCCACGAGGUUUCAUCAUCACUGAUGCGAGAAACGGAUGCAUUGGCUCCAGUGACAUAACUGGGGACUGUUGCCGAUGUGACAGAUCGAUAAUCCGUCAUGGUGGCAGUGCUUUGUUGCGAGGAAACCGAUCUAGCACGCGAAGAGCCACGAGUACGCUGAUGACGCGAUGGUGAAAAACGUCGUCUGCGAUGCUGCUGCAAGGAACUACCGCUGCCAGUCCCAUCUGGCUGUCGUGGAUGAGAUGGCAACGAAGAAUGGUACUGAUGAGGGGAAUGAUGACGAUGAUUGCUGCCGUAGUGGUGCGAUAAUGGAGGUAGAUGGUGUGCACUACUCAAGGGAUCUGGGUCGAGCAUGUAUUGCUGAGGAUGAUGUUGGUUAAAGGAGGGGUCAUUCUGUUGCUGUUGUUGCUGCUGAAACUGUUGUUGCCUUCUACUGGAGUUACUAGUGGAAGCAUUAUUUCGUUGGCGACGAUACUGAAAUAGCUCUCUCAUUUCUUACUGGAAAACAAGAGAGGUGUGAUGUUGACUCGGAGUGGGAGAAUCGGAAUGGGAGUAUCUUCUCUUGUAACUCUUUCUUAACUUCUUCAAAUGAGUAUGUUGCCUACCUCAUGCAAUGAAUGGAGCUACUGUACACGGCUCUGGAUGAUACGUAUCUGCAUCCGUUGCACUGGCACUCGCAAGAAUCCAGUGGGAGCAAACAUCGAGCACCGAAACUGAGAUAUCGACAUCGUGGAAUGUUCCGCAAGUGAAAUCGUGCCGUUGGAACUCCCA